CUUCCAUCUCUCUAGUAACUAUAAAACGCCGUUCCAUGUAUGUUUUCCUCCUAAUUUUCCCUCUCUUUUCCAUUUUCGUCCAAAAUGGACAGAUCAUUCAACUCGGUGACUCGUCCGCGUUGGACGCAGAUCCUUUUCCUACCCAUCAUUUCAUUUCUCUGCAUGUUGACAUGGCCAUGUACCGCCGAUGCCGCCGCCCAGGAGCUUCACAAAGGCUUUGAAGCCACCCCAAAUCCUUCAAUCUCCUCCUUCCAACCUCUCCUCAACGAUUCUUCAGACAAGUUCUCCUUCGGUUUCCUCCGAGUUAACUCAACCCAACUCGCUCUGGCUGUUCUCCACGUACCUUCCGGUGAACCCCUGUGGAUCGCCAACUCUACCACCUUAUCUCGAUGGUCCGACCACACAAAGACGUUCUUCAAUGGUAGUCUUGUGCUUUCAGAUCCGCGGACAAGGACGUUUUGGUCAACUCAAACACAAGGUGACAAACUUGUCCUCCUCAAUAACUCCAAUCUUCAGAUACAGAAAGCCCUCGACAACAGAAACAACGUCCCAACUAUUUUAUGGCAGAGUUUCGAUCAUCCCACGAAUACUCUUGUCGAAACUCAAAAUUUCACUUCUACCAUGACCCUCGUUUCUUCAAAUGGCUUGUAUUCAAUGCGUCUGGGCAACGAUUUCAUUGGAUUAUACGCUAAAUUUGAUUCCGAUUCCGAUCAAAUUUAUUGGAAGCACAAAGCUUUACAAGCCAGAGCUCAGAUUGUUGAAGGCGGUGGACCGAUUCACGUCCGAGUUGACCCGGAUGGGUGGCUGGGAAUGUACCAAAAUGAAACAGCCCCUGUGGACGUUGAGUCCUUUAACAGCUUUCAACGAACGCUUGAAGGACUCCUUAUGGUCCGGUUAGAACCGGAUGGGAACCUCAAAGCUUAUUAUUGGUCCGGUUCAAGUUGGGGUUUGGAUUAUCAAGCCAUUAGUGACACUUGCGAGCUACCUAACCCAUGCGGUUCGUACGGGCUGUGCACUCCAGGGACGGGUUGCUCUUGUUUGGAUAACAGCACCGAGUUCUCAUCCGGCGAGUGCUCCUCCGGUUCACCCUCUUAUUCGAACGACCCGUGUACCGACCCGGAAAGCCAAAACAUCAUCAGAGUUUUAAGGAGAGAGGGAGUGGAUGUGCCGUUUAAGGAGCUAAUGAGGUACGAAACGACGUCUUCUUUAGAGGCAUGUGAAAACUCGUGUGAAACGAAUUGCAGUUGUUACGGGUCGGUUUAUAAUAAUGCAUCCGGGUUUUGCUACAUCUUGGAUUACCCGAUCCAAACCCUGUUGGGAACGGGCGAUGAUAAUAAAGCCGGGUACUUCAAAAUCAGGGAAGAAGCAGAUAAGAAAAGAAUGGAUCCCGGUUUAGGGGUGGGGAUCGGUCUGCUGGGAGCGGCUUUGUUAUGUUUGAUGGCGGCAAUCGGGUUCGGAAGCUACAAGGUUUGGGUGAAUAAGAGAAGGGUGAACCGGAUAUUAGAAGAAGAAACGGGUGGGGCGAUGUCCGGCCCGUAUAAGGAUCUCGGGUCGGCUAGCUUUAGAUCGAUCGAGAUGUGUGGUGGCAGUCAUCUAUAAUACCGGAAAUCCGACCUAAGGCCAGGGCUUGUUUUUAUUUUAAUAGGGAACACGUGUAAUUUAAUUUUAUAU